AUGCGUGGCGUAGACGUGUGCGCGAGUGCGCGCGCACUUGCGCGUGCGUGCGACAUGCCGCACGCGCCGAAUGUACAUGCGUGUGCUGCAGGGCAGCUGCGCGACGUGGACGCAGUCCUGGCGGAAACGGCCUUGCUGCUGUUUACGCCGUGCAUGCCGUCGGUCGCACAAGCGUUUCGCGCAUUUCUGCCGGAAGUGCUGGUGCGCGCCGCAGCCGCAAACGUUAUGGAGACCUGGUGCAUUUUGGCACAGCUGAUAGGCGCAUUCGAAGAGCUUUUCCCUCUGCUCUCGGCGCUUUGGCGCCCGGAAAUGGCGCUUCCGGACACGGAAGCAGCGCUCUUGGCGCAGUACCGCAUCGGCCGCGCGGUGCCGAGCAUGGCGCAGCGCCUUGCGCUUGACACACUUUAUACCAUCUAUUCAUCCGAGCGCCCUGCAUCCGAGCGCAUGCUUGCACUCGAACUGACAGCCAUGCAGGCGCACAUGCAGCCAGCCGCGCGCGCUGCGCUGCUCGAGACAUGGAUCGGCGCGACGCCUGCGCCGCUUGCGUCUGGCAUAGACGUGCGUGUUCUUCCCAUACAAGAGUCGCAGCGCAUUGCGUCCUUGUGGGAGGGGUGCAUGCCGCUGGUGCCGAGCGCCGAUCCGCUCUUUUUGCGCCCUGAGCACGUAUCCUCUCCUUGGAUUCUUCUCGAAGGCGUGCUGCUAUACGCGCCGGAUGCAGCAACACGCCCCACCACCCUUGUCCCAACGGCCGGCCUUGCCGAUGCCACGCAGGCCAUUGCACUCCACCUUGGCCUGCGUCUGCCCGUGCUCCUCUCUGGCCCUGCCGCGUGCGGCAAAACAGAGCUGGUGCACUACCUCGCUGCACGCAUCCGCGGCAAUGCAAGCACGCCGCCGCUCCUAUCGAUUCAGCUCGGGGACCAGGCGGGCGUGGACGCCAAGCAGCUCAUCGGCUCGUUUGUCUCGAGCACUACCCAGCCAGGCACAUUUACGUGGGUCGAAGGCGCGCUGACCCGCGCAGUGCGACAGGGCGUAUGGGUGCUACUCGAAGACAUUGACAAGGCGUCGGUAGAUGUGCUGAGCACCCUUGCACCGCUUGUCGAGGCGAUGGGCCCCACGAAGCGCAUCGGGAGCAAUCCCGUGCUGGAUCUCGGGCCGCGCGGCACCGUCACUGCGGCGCCUGGCUUUGCGCUCUUUGCCACACGUACUACUACCCCUGCCGCUACAGCCAAGCCUACCUUUAUUACCGCCGAGCACUGGGGCGACGUGACGCUCCCUCUGCUGCAAGACGCCGACAUUCGCGAUAUUCUCCUGCACCGCUUCCCGAUGCUAGCUCCGCUUGGCGACGAGAUGUCGUGUGUUGUGCACGCUUGGGAUGCCGCGCGCCGCGCAAUCGACGGCAUGCAAGGUGCACAUCGCCGCGUUACCUUGCGCGAGCUGAUCAAAUGGUGCGCGCGGAUCGAUGCGAUGCAUGCGCCGAGCAUUCUCGGCCAUCCUGCUGUGCACGAAGACGUAUUUCUCGAUGCCUGCGACCUGUUCCUUGCCGCACGCGCCGACGAGAAAGGCGCGAUGGCCACGCCAAUUGUGCAUGCACUCGCCGACGCGCUGCAGCUCAGCCGCGAGCGCGCUUGGUGGGCUGUUCAGCAGCGCACGCCCGAGCUCGUCGUGCAGUCGGAUACCCUACGCAUCGGCCGCAUUGCGCUGUUGCGGCGUGCGGAAGCAAGUGCGAGUACGGCGCGGUAUGCACUUACGAAGCCCACGCUUGCGCUUAUGGAGCGCGUCGCGGCCGCCAUUGCACAAACCGAGCCUAUCCUGCUUGUGGGCGAGACCGGCACGGGAAAGACAACCAUGGUGCAGCACCUCGCUCAGCUCACAGGCACGCCCAUCACCGUGCUCAACAUGAGCCAGCAGACGGAGAGCGCCGACUUGCUCGGCGCUUAUAAACCCAUCGACCCCAAGACACAAGCCUAUGCACUGCACAACCGGUGGCAGACACUUUUUGAGCAGACGUUCUCGGCGCGGCGCAACGCGCCAUUCCUCGAUGCAGAGCGCAAAGCUUUGGUGCGCCAAAGGUGGGUGCGGCUUGCGAUGCUCUGGCGCGAGUCGGCCAAGAUGGCGGAAGCGGUGCCGCGCGAUGCCGAUGCCGGUGCCGGUACCGAUGCGCGAAAAAAGCGGCGCGUCGAGAGCGACAAGCACGCGUGGGACGCAUUCCUGCGUGAUGUGGACGUGUUCCAUGCGCUGUGUAUCUCCAAGAAGCGCCACGUCAUUUUCCGGUACGUCGAGGGCCCGCUUGUCGCUGCGCUGCGCAAUGGGCACUGGAUCUUGCUCGACGAGAUCAACCUUGCCGCUGCCGAGGCGCUCGAGGCGCUCUCGAUGCUACUCCAGUCGAAAGACAGCAGUGUUGUGCUCACCGAGCGCGGCGACUUGGAAGCAGUAUCCCGCCAUCCCCACUUUCGCCUGUUUGCCUGCAUGAAUCCCGCGACGGAUGUAGGCAAGCGCGAUCUGCAGCCUGCAUUCCGUGCGCGGUUCACCGAGCUGUAUGUCCCCAGUCCGGAUAGCGAUUUGGACGCGCUCGUGCGCAUCGUCGCCAAGUAUAUUGGCGAGGCGAGCGUCGGCGACAAGAGCGCUGUGAUGGACGUUGCGCAGUGGUACACCGAGGUACGCCGCCUCGCGCAGCGCCACGAGAUUGCCGACGGCUGCAAUCAGCGGCCGCACUACUCGAUCCGCACGCUUGCACGCGCCUUGACAUUUGCCGCUGCCAUCACGCCGCAGUAUGGACUGCGUCGUGCUUUGAAAGAGGGCGUUGCGAUGGCGUUCGGCAUGCUCUUGGACGAGCCAAGUGCCGCGCGGCUAUACGUAGCGACCGAGCACCAUCUGCUCGCGCGCGCGAAAGACAGGCGCCGCCUUGCGCCGUCGUUUAUCCCCCCCUCCCCCGGUGACGGCUAUGUUGCGCUCGGCCCUUUUUGGCUCCCGGUGGGCCCGCUCCCGCUCGACGUAGACCAAGGCUAUGUGCUGACGCCGAGUGUAGAGGCGAAGCUAGGGGCCUUGGCGCGCGCGUUGAUCACGCGCCAAAGCCCCAUCCUGAUCCAAGGGCCGACCAGUGCAGGAAAAACGAGCGCGGUGGGAUACCUCGCAAAGCGCACAGGGCACCGAUUUGUGCGCAUCAACAACCACGAGCACACCGACGUGCAGGAGUAUAUUGGGUCGUACAUGGCCAAUGCCGAAGGCCAGCUCGUCUUUACCGAAGGGCUCCUGGUUACCGCGCUUCGCCGCGGCGAUUGGAUCGUCCUUGACGAGCUGAAUCUCGCGCCGACCGACGUCCUUGAGGCGCUCAACCGACUCCUGGACGACAAUCGCGAGCUGCUAAUCCCCGAUACGGGCGAGGUGGUGAAGCCGCAUCCCCACUUUAUGCUCUUUGCUACACAGAAUCCCCCGGGCGCCUACGCGGGCCGCAAAAUCCUCUCGCGCGCAUUUCGCAACCGUUUUGUGGAGCUGCACUUUGACGACGUGCCGCAGGAGGAGCUCGCAGCGAUCCUGACGCACCGGUGCAAGAUUGCGCCGACCUAUGCGCUGAAAAUCGUGCAGAUCUUCACCGAGCUCCAGCGCAGGCGCGAGUCGGAGCGCGUUUUUGAGAAGAAACAAGCGUUUGCGACGCUGCGCGACCUCUUCCGCUGGGGCGCACGGCCCAUGGUGGGCAACGAGCAGCUCGCGGAGACGGGCUACAUGCUCCUUGCCGAGCGCGCGCGCCACGAACGAGACCGUGCGGCGGUGCAGGCAGUCCUCGAAGAGGUGCUCCGCGUCAAGAUCCCCCCCGACCUGUACGAUUUCGGGAUGCACGGUACGGUCGCCGCGCAGCUCGGUGCCGAUCGAAUGCGCGCUUUGCACGAUGCUGCGGCUGCGUUUGGGGUGGUGUGGACGUAUGCCAUGCGCCGCCUGGUGCUCCUCUCCGCGCUCGCCAUCCAUCACCACGAGCCCGUGUUGCUCGUCGGCGACACGGGCACGGGAAAAACAACCGCGUGCGACAUGCUCGCGCUUGGUUUUGGGUGCACGCUGUGCUCGUUCAACUGCCACCAGAAUACCGACAGUGCCGACUUGAUUGGUGGGCAGCGCCCCUUGCGCAACCGCGCGGCGCUUGCGGCGGAAGCCUCGGCGCUUGCGGCAGAAGCACUCGGCGCAGCGUACGACCCGGCGCUGCCGGUCGACGAGCAGCGAGACGCGCUCGCCGCAGCGCAGAAAGCAGCGCCGUCGCCUGCGCUCGAGCGCGCGCUGUGCGCGAUGCGCGACGCCCACGCGCUAUUUACGUGGGUCGACGGGCAGUUGGUGCGUGCGAUGCGCCAAGGCGACCACAUGCUUCUCGACGAGAUUUCGCUAGCGGACGACAGCGUGCUGGAGCGCCUCAACAGUGUGCUUGAGAGCGAGCGUGAGCUGGUGCUUGCGGAAAAGCCAGGCACGGACGUUGUGGUGCGUGCAGCGCCGACGUUUGCCAUGCUCGCCACCAUGAACCCCGGCGGCGACUACGGAAAAAAAGAGCUCUCGCCCGCGCUCCGCAACCGCUUCACCGAGAUCUGGGUGCCGCCGGUCGACCGCGAUGCCGACCAAGCCGUGAUCAUCGCGGCGCAGCUCGGGGGCACCGCACUCGGUGCAUGGACCGAGCCCAUCCUCGAGUUUGUGCGCUUUUUCGCGGCGCAGCUCGGCGGCGCAGAGCAUACUGGCCUGGGGGUGCGCGACUUGGUAAACUGGGCGUCGUUCAUGCGCGGGAUGUCAGACAUGGAGCCAGCGCUUGCGUUUGCGCACGGCGCGGCGAUGGUCGUGAUGGACGGGCUCGGUGCGCUGCCCGCGUUGGCGGCCAUGUCGCAAAGCAGCCUUGCACAGCUGCGCGCGCGGUGCUACGCCAAGGUGAAUGCGCUCAUCGCGCCUGCUACGUUUGACCCCCACGCGCCUGCUUUGCGCACCGUGCACGACACGCCGCACGCGCUGCACAUCGGCCCCUUUGCGCUCCCGAAAGCACACCAUCCAGCGGCGCCGCCCCCGUUUGCGCUCCACGCGCCGACCACGGCGGAGAAUGCAUUGCGUGUUCUCCGCGCGUGUGCAGUGCCGCGGCGCAGCGUGCUCCUCGAAGGCAGUCCCGGUGCGGGCAAGACGAGUUUGAUCGAGACACUCGCCGCGCUCACGCAGAAUGCGCUGGUGCGCAUCAACCUCUCUGCGCAGACAGAGCUCGCCGACUUGUUUGGUGCAGAGCUGCCUGUGGAAGGCGCGCGCGCGGGCGUGUUUGCGUGGCGCCCUGCCGCAUUCCUCGAGGCCAUGCAGAGCGGCGGAUGGGUGCUGCUCGACGAGAUGAACCUUGCGUCGCAAACGGUCCUCGAAGGCCUCAACCCCGUCCUGGACCACCGCGGCACCGUGUUUAUUCCCGAGCUCGGCCGCACCUUUGAGCGCCAUGCCCAUUUCCGCGUGUUUGCCGCACAAAAUCCGCAGCACCAGGGCGGCGCGCGAAAAGGGCUGCCCAAGUCGUUUUUGAAUCGGUUUACCAAGGUGCACGUCGCCGCGCUUACUGGCGAGGAUAUGCUCACCAUCUGCUCCGACCUGUACCCUGCCGUGCCACGCACGAUGCUCGAGCGUAUGGUGGCCUUCAACAGCGCCCUGGCGUGUGCGACCGACCAAGGACUCGGCCGGAUCGGCGCGCCGUGGGAGUUCAACCUGCGCGACCUGCUCCGCUGGCUCACGCUCCUCCACGCGACGCUGGGCCUUCCCGCGAAAGAGGUUGUAGACCAUGUCGGCGCGCUGUACAUGCGCCGGUUCCGCACGCAAAAGGACAGGCUCGCCGCUGCUGACCUCUUUCAAGCGUCGUUUGGCUACGCACCGCCCAGCGAGCUCGUGCCGGUGCUGCUGGGGCCGCACGCGGCGCUGCUGGGCCACACGUUGCUCGCACAAGCCGACGCGCCGCAGGAUGCACAAGCCGCGACGACUGCCCUCGCCCCCACCCUGUCCGUCGCGAUGGAUGCCGCUGCGAAAAGCGUCCGUCUUGGAUGGCUCACCAUUGUAACGGGCCAUGCGGGCGCUGGCAAAACGCGUUUUGUCCGCGCCCUCGCAGACAGCGCCGGCGCAGCGCUGGAGGUGGUGCGUCUGAGCCCCGCCUCGGACACGACCGAGAUCCUCGGCACGUUCGAACAGCGCGAUCCGGCACACCUCUUGCACAAGGCACACGUGCUGCUUGCCGAUGCACUGCGCCGCAAAAGCGCGGCGCUCGCAUCCAUGCGCGGCGCUGCAACGCACCUCGCCGCACUCACACACCUCGCCGCACGCACACACACGAAUUUGAGCGCCGCCGUGGAUAUCGCGCGCACACAUCCGCUGCUCGAGCAUGUGCACGCACCACUCACCGCCUUGUGGGAGCAGUACGUUGAUGCUAAGCGCCACGCGUCCGGCCACUUUGACUGGGUCGACGGGCCGCUCGUGCGCGCGGCGGCGCAUGGCGCCUGGCUCCUCUUGGAGAAUGCGAAUCUGUGCUCGGCAUCCGUGCUCGAUCGGCUCAACUCGCUCUUCGAGCCGCACGGGAGCCUGUCUCUCAGCGAGCGCGGCAUGGUCCACGGCGCGAUUCCAGUCGUGCGCCCCCACGCCCAGUUCCGUGUGUUUAUGACCGUCGAUCCGCGUCACGGCGAGCUCAGCCGUGCGAUGCGCAAUCGCGGCAUGGAGCUGUGGCUCGAUCCCGUGCAUGUUGCGCGCAUUGCGCCCAUGGCGCGGUGCCUGCCGCCGCUCGCGGAGAAGAGUUUGGUGCACGCCGCGGUGCGGGCGCAUGCCAUGCGCCGCGGCCUGCUCGGUGCGCCUGUUUUUGAUGCGCGCUCCGUGCAGCUCAGCGCAUGGAGCGAGCCUGGGCUGGACGCGGUCGCUACCGUGCUUGCGCUCGACGGCGGCCGCGACGGCGAUUGCGACGGCGUGCUCACCUACGCAGCACAGGCAUUGUCCCGGCACGAACUGGCGCUCUUGGCGUACGCCAUCCCUGCGCGACCGAUGCAGUGCAUCUCGCGUGCGCUUGACGCUGUGCAAGACGCCAUCGCGCACCGCGGCGCAGCCAUGCUUGCCGACGGCGCACUCCCCGACGCCGUGAGCAUGCUUCCUGCCGAUACACGCCGCAUGCCACGCACCCCGAGCGACCAGGUGGCGGAGCGUAUUCGAGUGCAGAUUGCCGCCUCGCUGAUGAUCGAGCGCCUGCAGGCGCCAAUGCCAGAGAGUCUCUUGGCCGCGGCGAUGGAACGGCCCGCGGAGCUGCCUCCGGUGCUUGCGGCGAUGCCCGCGCUUUUGUCGGGCAUCGCACGCCUCGUGCUGCACAGCGGCGGGGAACAAGCAUGUGCGACGCUGAUGGACGCGUGCCAUGUGCUGUACGCUGCGGCAACGUCCACGGAAGCCGACUACUCCUUGGUCCACGUACUUUUGCGCACGCUGCGCAAGCUGCUCACGGCGCUGCAUGCAGCGCCGUUGCUGGCCAUGCUGCAGUCCAUGGAGGCGUCGCGCCAUGCGACGCGCGGCGCUGCCAUGCAGGCGCUCUGGAGCGCUCUUCUUUUUCCCGUGCCUGCCACGGCGCUCGGGGCCAUUGGUGCGCUGGAGCCAGUGGCCGAGCAGCCUAUCGGCGGCGCGCGUGGCAAGACCAUGCUGGAGGUACUCGCCACGCUGCACCUGGCCAACGAUGCAUGGGCGGCGGAGCAGCGCGAGACGCUGUGCAGCAUGGCGCGCCAGAUGGAGUCGUUUGCGCCGGACGCCCAUGCGUGCGAGUAUCCCUACACCCAACAGAUCCUCCCCCUCUUGGUAUGGACGAUUUGUGCGGCGCCGCUGGAGAAGGAUGCGCGGCUCGCGCAUGCGCUGAGCAUGGCGCACAAGCACGCGAUACCUCCCGCGCUCCUUGUCCCUGCAAAGCUCGCGGCAUGGUCGUGGUCUGGCGAUAACCCCGUGCUUGCUUUCAGGAACGUGCGCCUGUUGUGGCACAAGGCAAGUCCCGCGACGCUCUUCAGCGCAGCGUUCCUCUGCACCACUGUCGCAGCACUCGGCGAGCGGCGCAUCCCACUAGCGACGUGGCCAGCGUACUGCGAGAGCACCACGGCGCUGGCGAUCGAUGUCAACGCUGCGUUGGCCCCGGCGACGCCCACGUACAGUGCUGGCCUCGUCGCGCUCCUCGGCGCGUUUAUGCGGUGGACGAGCGGCGUGCUGUGCAGUGCGAUGACGUCCUCAGCGGCGGACGCGGGCGCGGGCGCAGCGGAUCCAGCGCCUGCACUGCCAUCUCCAGCACGCGCCGCGGCCGCAUUGCAGGCGUUGGAACAGGACGCAGCGCCUGCGACCAUCCUCGACGCAGUCCAAAGUGCUCUCGAGCACAUGGACGCCUCCAUGCCGCUGUACAGUGUCUUGCAAGCGUGGCACUCGGUGCUCCACGCCGCGCUUCCCGCCUUUGACACGGCGCACGGCGAAAUGGCCCUGGGCCGUGCGUGGAUAGCGCUGGGCUCGUUUUUGCUGCACAUCUACAUUCCCCCCGUCCCGCUGGAUCCCGUCGCGGAAGCGCACGCACAAACGGCGCUUGCGUCGCACACCGCGGCGCGCCUCGAAGCGAGCGCCGCGCUGGAAGAAAAGGCCGCGGCGCUGCGCAUGGGAUGCGGCUCGCCGCUCCUCGACGCGCUUCGCCAAGCUGUGCACGACGCACACGCGCACGCGCAGCAAAAGCAGACGCGCGUCGAGCGCGGCGCCAACACUGCACAGCUCGCGCGCCUGCAUCGCGAGCUCACUUCGUUUGUCGAGCAAGUGCUUGCGCCGGAGAAGCUCGAGCGCAUUGCCGCGGCAGGGACCGCAGACGAAGAGCAGUCGUUGCAGAGCUCGAUGCACGCAUUCGGCGGCCGCCUUGCGCGCCACUACGCUGCCAUGGCCGAUCUCGUCGCGCCUGUGCUCCUUGGCCUCGACCACAUCCGCCUGGGCCUGCGCAUCUGCAGCACCGCCCUUGCGCCGCGCGCAACCCAGCGCUAUACAAUGCUCCACGCCGCGACGCAAUUUCCCAUGAUUGCCGCGGCGUCUGCGCUGCGUUCAGAGCGCAUGGCGCGCUCUUCAGCAGGCGCCCUGCCGCAGCUCCUCGCGAGUCUGGCCAGUGUCGCGCUGGAAUCGAGCAUCCAUCUCCCUGUGGAUGUAGACGCAGUGUACGCGCCGCUUUACCUCCUCUGGGCGCAGCAGCGCGAGGCGCAGCAGCAAGCCGAGGCGGAAAAAGCGCAGCUGUACACCUACCGCGGCGCGCCAGACGAGACAGAAGAGCAGGCCGCGCUGCACGCCGAGAUGCGCGCGCUCUUUCCCGUGUAUGAGGACGCGCUGGAAGAAGCGCAUGUCGAGACACGGCCCCAAUCGCUCGACGCGGAACACUUGCUCGUGGUGUACGAUAUGCACCGCAUGCUCUUUCCCAGCACGCUGCAGCUGCCCACGGCACGCAGUGCGCCCAGUGCUACCGACGUAUUCGAGACGAAGCGCGACGCGCUGGUCUGCCACAGCGUCGCCGUGGCUCCGCAUGGCCUGCAUGCAGCGCUCGAUGCACAAAGCGCCGCGUGGCAGGCCAUGGCACUCCUUCGCCGCACCGCGUCUGGUACGCGCCGGCGCAACUUUUACCACGACGCCGACCCCGCGCAGGUUGCGCACCUUGUGCCGAUCCUCGAGCGCCUCACGCAUCGCGUCGCUGCAUUGAUGUGCGAGUUUCCCGAGCAAGUCCAGCUUGCGGAACUGCGCGAGCGGUGCAUGCGUGUCGCGCAGCUCGACAUUGGCUCGCCGCUUGCGCGCCUCGUGUCGGCCAUCGAGCAGCUGCUCACGCACGUCGACGACUGGGAGGCGUAUGCGUCGAGUGCCGUAUCGCUCCGUGCGUACGCCGCCGAGCUUUCGGCGCUGGUCGUGCAGUGGCGCAAGCUUGAGUUGGAAAGCUGGACCCACCUCUUGGACGACGAGGCGGCUGCAGAAGAGGCGAGCGUAGCGCCGUGGUUCUUUAGCCUGUACGAGGCAGUGACGCAUGCUGCGCAUCCAACUCCCGAGCUGCUUGCGCUGCUUGUAGGCUUCGUGCGCGGCAGCACGGCCGGGCAGCUCUGUGCGCGCCUCGAGCUCCUCGAUUCCUUUGGGCGCUACACGCAGGCGGAGGCCGCGCCGCGCUCUGCGCGCGCGCACUUGGCGCACCUCUUGCAGAAUAUCGCUGCCUAUUUUGCGCAGUUCGUCCCCAAGGUGGUGCAGCACACGGCCAAGCAGCGCGCGCUUUUGCACCGCCAAGUGUCCGACUUUGUGCGCCUCGCAUCGUGGAAAGACGUGAAUGUGUACGCGCUACGGCAAAGUGCCCAAAAGACGCAUGCCUACCUGCACCGCACGCUGCGCAAGUUUCGCGAGGUGCUGCGUACGCCGGCGGAUGCGCUGCUGGUGCUUGGCGCAGAAGAGCGGCCGCUCGUCGGAGCAAAAACCUUGCUGGGCGAUUCCGCGGAUGCAUUUGCGCAACUCGGCGCACUUGCAAAGCCCGCGCCGAGCCAUGCGCCGCAGCAGGAUGCGCCGCGCCACUUGCAGGAUGCACAGCGCACCGCAGAGCACCUGUAUGCACUGACCACCGAGCACCUUCUUCCGCACAUUCGCGCCGUGCACAACAGCGAAGAUUUGCUAGAUUUUGCCUCGCUUAUUCUCGACACGGCCGACGACCUUGCGAAGCGCACGCCGCUGCUUGCCACGGCCGCGAAUGCGAAACUGAUCAAGCGCCUCGGCACAGAAAAGCGGCGCGCAUGGGCGGAUCUGCUCAAAGCGCUGCGCAGCAUUGGACUCACGCCGUUUGUCUCCGUGGAGAUCUUUGCGCAGAAUCGCGACGCGGUCCAGAUGUAUGGAUUCGAGCCGCUGCCGUCGCUUCCUGGCCUUGAACUCGAGGCUGUUGAGCAGUACCAUCGCGCGCUGCUCGCCCAGCUCGAGCGUUUGCGGAGCGCUGUCCAAGCGCCCCAAAGCGAUCUUUCCCCGCAGGAUCUCCAGCGUGGUCUUGCUUUUGUCGAGUACGGCGCACAUCUCGCUUUUCUUGCACGCCGCCGUCUUGCGCACUUUGUGCAAGGCGCAUCGCCGCUAUUUGCGCUGCAUACACGCUUUGCACACCUCGCACAGUCAGACUCUGUCGUGCCGCUCGCGUCUCCGUCCCAUGCACUGGCUGCCAUGCGCAAGCUAUGCCAUGCUUUGCAGCAAUUCAUUUACGAAGCACCGCGCCAGCUCGACGCCUCCGUCUUGCGAGGGACUCCUGAUUGGGAGGCGGUGCGCGACGUGCAAAGCAGGUGCAGUGCUCACUGCGCGCAGCUCGCUGCGCUCGACCAGACGGUGCGGGAGACGCUGCCGAUGGGAACGCGCGACGAGCAUGCGAUGCUUGCCGCGUGUCCUACGCUCUUGGACGAGACGCACACCGUGAUGGCGACGCUUGGGCGCAAUGCGCCUGGUCUGCUGCUGCUCACUGUGCCGCUGUGUGCGUGGCUCAAAGCGCAGCGGCUAGCAACGCCGCUGCGUGCUGAGGCAAACGACUGCCAGGCUAUUUCAGACAAGAUCCGGUCCUCGAUUCUUGUGAUUGCACAGGAAGUGCGCAGUGCCGAUGGCUCGACUCCUUCCGACACGAUCCGCGAUCGCGCCGUGUUGGACGAAGUCGCGCGGAUGCACGCGCUCGAUCGGAUCUUGAAACCACACGCGGUAGUUGAGGCGGUCCAUUCGCUCGGUGCGAAUGCAUCGCUGGACAUUGUGCGGCAAAUUGCGCUUUUCCUUGGGCCGUACGCGCGCAUGGUAUGGGCGCAUGCACAAACGGUCUCGUUGUGGAUCCGAUCGCUGCUGCGCCUCUCCCUCGUGCUGACUGUGGUUGUCAAUACACUGGCAACAAAAGGAUUCUGUGCGCCGCCAGAGCAAGAAGACGCGACGGACGAUACACAGGGCGAUGAAGGCGGUGAAUUGGAGGGCGGUACAGGUCUCGGCGAAGGAGCCGGCGCAAAAGACGUCAGCGAUACACUCCAGGAUGACGAGCAGAUGGAGGAGCUGCAACAGGACGGCGAGGAGGAAGAGGACGAGACGCAUCAUGCUGACAAGGCGCGUGAGAUGGACGAUAUGGAUGGCGAGACCCACAGUGUAGAUGGCGACGGAGAGCAGGACGGGGAUGAGGAAGGCGAAGAGGAAGAGGAAGCGCUGCAGGAUCAAGUGGGAGAUGUCGAUCCACUCGAUCCCGAUGCUGUCGACGAAAAGAUGUGGGCAGAGGAGCAUGCGGAGGAGAAGCCUGGAGAAAGUGAAGCGGCGGGCGGCGCCGAAGAGGACCGUGAGCAAGCUGGCGAUCGGAACGAUGCGUCGGAGCCCAAAGCAGGGGAAGAGGACGCAGACGCAGACGCAGACACAGAUGCAGAUGCAGAUGCAGAUGCAAAUGCAGACGACGCGCCGGAAGAGCCAGAAGCAGAGGUAGAGGAUAUGCCCGAGCAGAACCAAGGACUGGGCCGUGCAUUGGACCAGGAGGCGCAAGAGCAGGAGGACUUGCAGAUGGAAAAUCUUGAUAUGAAUGCCGAGGACGAAAAUGAAAGCGGUAGCGACGUGCUGAGCGAUUUGGAUCCCCUAGAGGAGCCCGGCGCGGACAUUGCCGACGAUGUGGACAUUGCCGACGAUGUGGACAAUGCCGAUCAAAAUAUGGACAAUGCACAUGAGGCUGAUGCUGAGAACGAUGUGCAAGAAGACAAGAAUGAGGAUAAGGGUGAGGACAAGGAAGACGGCAAAGAAGACGGCAAAGAAGAGAGCAAGGAAGAGAGCAAGGAAGAGAGCAAGGAAAACGGCAAAGAUGAAGAGGACCUAUUCCAUGCCCCCUUUCAAACAUCUCCGCGCCCCCCCUCUGAGCGCCCAGAAAAGCCACAGCCAGCGCCCAAACAGCCGCGUCCAUCAGCGCUACGCGAUACCCACGACGCCGACCAAGAUGGCGACGGCGACGAGACCGGCGCGGCGUCGGGACCCCAAGAAACAGUCGAGGGCGACGCUGGCUUCCAAGGCGCAUCUGUCCCUGAAACGCACGGCGCUGAGCCAGAGCACGGCCGCAGCAAUGAAGAUGACGAUGCCGUGCAAGACGCUCCAGAGCGUGCGAAUCCCAUCGAGAGUCUCGGCGACUCGCUGCAGCAGUUCCGCCGGGACAUGGCCGCGAUUUGCGAUGCAUCCACCGAUGCACAGGACGACUCGCAGCUGCCCGACGCCAGUCAAGUCGAGCAUAUUGCCGACGACCAGGACGCAGAUACGCAAGCGCUGGGCGCCGCAAGCGAGCAGCAAGCCCAAGCAAUGAAACAGCUUUCCAUGCAGGACAAAGACGAGGGCAGCCAGGCCAUGGACGAAGAGCCCAUGCACGAUACCCCCCAGCCCCCCCAGUCCCCCCAGCACGACGACAUGCCUCAAGACGGCGCCGCUGCACGCGCUGCGCGCCCCGAUGGCGGCCUCACUGCUGCCGACGUCCAAUCCGAAGCGCACGAUGCCGAGCCACAACGGGUCGAGCGCGAAGAGCAAAUCGAGCCGCGCUCGGAGGAACAGCGCGCGGAAGAAAAUGAGCUUGUGAAGGAAGCGCUUGCGGCGUUUAGCAGCGACGGCGACCUUGCUCAAGCCUCGGAACUGUGGCGCUCGUACUCCAUGCUCACCAUGGACCUUGCGUUUGGCCUCUGUGAGCAGCUGCGCUUGAUCCUUGCGCCGACGUUGGCGACGCGCCUCAACGGCGACUACCGCACCGGCAAGCGCCUCAAUAUGCGCAAGAUCAUCCCCUUUAUUGCCUCGGACUUUGCCAAAGACAAGAUAUGGCUCCGCCGCACCAAGCCAAGUGCGCGAGAGUACCAAGUGCUACUUGCCAUCGAUGACAGCAAGAGCAUGGCCGAGAGUCGCAACAUUCACCUUGCCUACCAAACGCUUGCACUUGUCGCCGGCGCACUGACGCGCCUGGAAAUUGGCGACAUUGCCAUUUGUCGAUUCGGCGAGGAGGUCCAAAUGCUGCACGAGUUUGGCGGGCAGCCGUUUAGCGAUCGGCACGGCGGCGAAAUGCUCCAUGCGCUGCGCUUCCAACAGACGGGCACAGACAUGCACGCGCUGCUGGACACAAGCCUAGCCGUGCUCCAAACUGCACGAAGCACACGCUCUUCGUCGUCGGCGGAUCUCUGGCAGCUCGAGAUCAUUAUCUCGGACGGUGUUUGCCAGGACCACGACCGACUCCGUGCACAGCUGCGUCGGGCCCAGGAAGAACGGGUGAUGCUCGUGUUUGUCAUUGUGGAUGCCGGCGCAGAUGAGCAAGGCGAAGCAAACGCGCCGCCACGCAGCUCGAUUCUCACCAUGAACCAAGUCAACUACCACACGGACGCCGCCGGAAAACUCCAGCUGGAGAUGAAGCGGUAUAUUGAUACAUUCCCUUUUGAUUACUACGUCAUUGUGCGCGAUGUUCAGUCGCUCCCGACAGUGCUCGCUACGACAUUGCGGCAGUGGGCAGAGCGCGUGCGCGAUGCAUAG